AAGGUAAUCCAUCGUAUUAGUAGCAAGAAUUUCUAAUAAUUUUCCGUGAUUGACCACUAAAAGUCUUCACUUGAAGGCGAAUCAGUUAACAACUUAGGAACACAGCAAGCUUUAAGUUGAGUAGACUAAGAUUAGUCUUCACGCUUUAAGUUUCAAAAUUUUGUGUGGAAUUUGGCACACAAGGGAAGACUUGGACUAAGCCCCUCUCAAAAUUUGGAAUUUGAUAAAAUGAAAAUGAUGAAGACAAACUAACACAAACACUAUGGAGAACCAUAAUAAGGUGCUUAUGCUUAUGGUGUGUACUUUCUUCUUUUGCACCAUGCCUACUUACUCUAUUCAGCAUACACUUACUCCAAAUCAGUUUAUACAAUACAAUGAUACCCUUGUUUCUGCAGCAGGAACAUUUGAAGCAGGAUUUUUCAACUUUGGAGAUCCACAACGGCAAUACAUUGGUAUAUGGUACAAGAGCAUAUUACCUAGGACUAUUGUGUGGGUUGCUAAUAGAGACACGCCAGUACAAAACUCAACAGCAAUGAUGAAACUUACUGAUCAAGGAAGUCUUAAUAUUCUUGAUGGCUCCAAAGGCAUUAUCUGGAACUCCAAUUCAUCAAGAAUUGGAGUGAAACCAGUUGUUCAUCUUUUGGAUUCAGGAAAUCUUGUUUUGAAAGAUGGAAACAACACUCAUAACAUUUUGUGGGAAAGUUUUGAUUAUCCUGGUAACACUUUCCUUGCUGGAAUGAAGCUGAAGAGUAAUUUAGUUACCGGUCCAUAUAGAUAUCUCACAUCUUGGAGAAGCCCUGAAGAUCCUUCUGUAGGCGAGUUUCCAUAUUGGAUAGAAACACAUGGUUAUCCUCAAAUUGUUACUAUAAAGGAAUCAAGAAUUCUGUAUAGAGGAGGGUCAUGGAAUGGAAUUCUUUUCACUGGUGUAUCUUGGCAAAGAAAUAAUAGAAUCUUGAAUUUCUCAGUAGUGUUCACCGACAAAGAAUUCUCUUAUCAAUAUGAAACUUUGAACAGUUCAAUUAUUACUAGAUUGGUGCUAGAUCCAUACGGAAAUUCACAACGUUAUCUAUGGUCAGAUACAAAACAAAUUUGGGAGGUUUUAUCUUCUCUGCCUACAGACCAGUGUGAUGAAUAUGCCUUGUGUGGUAUCAACUCUAACUGCAAUAUAAAUGACUUUCCAAUAUGUGAAUGCUUGGAAGGUUUCAUGCCAAAAUUUCAAACAAAAUGGAAGUCAUCGAAUUGGUCUGAUGGGUGUGUAAGGAAAACACCUUUAAAUUGUCUCCAUGGAGAUGGAUUUUUACCGUACACAAACAUGAAGUUGCCAGAUACGUCAGAAUCGUGGUAUGACAGGAGCAUGACCCUUGAGGAUUGUAGGAUAAUGUGUUUGAAAAACUGUUCUUGCACAGCAUAUGCAAAUUUAGAUAUCAGAAAUGGUGGUAGUGGCUGCUUACUUUGGUUUCACAACAUUGUGGAUAUGAGAAAACAUACGGGCAUAGGACAAGACAUUUACAUACGACUUGCAUCAUCAGAACUUGAUCAUAAAAAGAAUAAGUGGAAGUUGAAGCUUGCUGGGACUCUAGCAGCGGUUAUUGCAUUCAUUAUAGGACUAACUGUUCUUGUAUUGGUCAAAUCAGCAUAUAGAAAGAAGCUUGGGAACGAAGGUUAUUUUAAAAAGUUAUUUCACUGGAAGCACAAUAAGGAGAAGGAAGAUGGUGACAUGGCAACAAUAUUUGAUUUUUCAACCAUCACUAUUGCAACAAAUUACUUCUCUAACAGAAACAAGUUAGGAGAAGGUGGUUUUGGACCAGUGUACAAGGGCAUAAUGGAAGAUGGCCAAGAGAUUGCUGUUAAAAAGCUUUCUAAAACAUCAGGACAAGGAAUUGAAGAGUUCAAAAAUGAAGUAAAACUAAUGGCAACACUUCAACACCGUAAUCUUGUAAAACUUCUUGGUUGUUCUAUUCAACAAGAUGAAAAGAUGUUGAUCUACGAAUUCAUGCCCAACAGAAGCUUGGACUGCUUUAUUUUUGAUCCUACACGAAGUAAAUUACUAGAUUGGACAAAGCGCUUGGAAAUCGUUGAUGGGAUUGCUCGGGGGCUGCUGUAUCUGCAUCAGGAUUCUAGACUAAGAAUCAUACAUAGAGAUCUGAAGACAAGCAAUAUUCUUCUUGAUAUUGAUAUGAUCCCAAAGAUAUCAGAUUUUGGUUUAGCAAGAUCAUUUAUGGGAGACCAAGCUGAAGCUAAAACAAAUAGAGUCAUGGGAACAUAUGGAUAUAUGCCUCCAGAAUAUGCGGUGCAUGGAUCUUUCUCAAUAAAAUCUGAUGUUUUUAGCUUUGGGGUCGUUGUUCUUGAGAUAAUUAGCGGUAAGAAGAAUAGUGGAUUUUGUGACCCUCGACAUCGUUUAAACCUUCUUGGGCAUGCAUGGAGACUAUGGAUUGAAGAAAGGCCAGAGGAGUUGAUAGCCGACAUAUUAUAUGAUGAGGCGAUAUGUUCAGAAAUAAUAAGAUUUAUGCAUGUGGGUCUAUUGUGUGUACAACAGCAACCAGAAGAUAGGCCUAACAUGUCUUCUGUGGUCUUUAUGUUAAAGGGUGAAAAGUUACUGCCCAAACCAAGUGAACCUGGUUUCUAUGCAGGAAGAAAUAAUACAAAUAGCAUAGGAUCUUCUUCAAACGGGUGUUCAAUAAAUGAAGCUUCAAUCUCAUUGUUAGAGGCACGAUAGAAUGUCACUGUGUUUGACACUGAUAUGGAUGAAAUACUGUUAAAUAUGUGCUAAAAUUGGUUUUAGCAAGUAUAAAGAUAGAUAUAUAGAGCAUAGAAUAUCCUUGUUGAAGUUGUAGUUAUCUGAUUUAGUGAUUUGUAGAGGAUCUAAUGUUUGGUUGUGUGGUUGGAUUUACAUGUAAUUUGGAGAGGCUACCCUCCUCAGUUCCCUUAGUAUGAUAAUCACCUACCCUCCUCCAUGAUGGCUAGGUCAUUUCCCUUAUCAA